AUGGACAUCACAACCACUGCAGAUGCAGCCACCGCCAAACCUGAACCCACUGCUAUGGAGGAGUCAGAACCGCAAGAGGCGCAACAGCCCCGCACAUCAGAGAAGAUUGACUUGUCACUAGGUUGGACAUUUCCUCAUGAUUCUUUGCAAUAUGCAUGUUAACCAAUCAAAUUUUGUUCCAUUAAACAAAGCAUAGUCAAGGUCAUGUCUUAAUAUAUUACAUAGUGCAACAAGAAUUGCUUUAUUAUUAAAUCUUAUUGAACAAUAACAAUAUUUUAAUUUGACUCAUAAGUAGGCAUCUUGGUCUGAUAUGGCCCUACACCACAACCUACAUAGCCUACACAUCAACAAACUGAUUUCUUUUUCUCCUUUAGUCUUUAUGUAAUAUGCCACUUUAAACUGUGGUGCUUUAAUGGAGAUGUAGGCCUGCUAUUAAAACCCCAUCCUGGUGAGAUCUCAGGGGAGCUCAUCCAUUAUUGUUAUAUUGUAUUGAACAUCGCAGACAUAAUGCCACUGUAAUUUUGAACCACAUUAGCUCCCCUUACACGUAAUGGAUUCAGCUUCUCAAAUGACAAGAGAAAGUGAGUGAUUUCAGCUUGGAGUGCAUGCUUCAAUUGUCAAUGACUACCCUCAUCCAAAACACAGCUUUACUUUCCUGUUCCCAGAUGACAUCAUCAAACUGAACAAAAAGAAGAACAAGGCAAAUAAGGCUGCCAACAAGGCCCGGGACCGACGUACCACAAACAAAAACACUGUCCUCAAGAAACUGGACAGGGCAGGACAACAGCAGACAUUUCCUUUCAGACGAGGCCCUUAUCAAUUCCAGCAAGGUAGAUCUACUGUAUUGGUCACUCAUCGCUUGCAUAUCCCUCCAUAUGAAGACAUUCAUCAUUACCAUAUCAUCACACUCUUUGAGAAAGGAGCUGAUUAUGCUAUAAUUCUUUUUUUAGGACCCUACAAAUCGCGGUACAUGGGACCCCACAUUCCUGGCUACUACUGGGUAAAACCAUAUCUCAGAAAGACUCCCUUUGGAACACAUCACCUCAAAGGUGUGAGCCCUUUAAAAAGACCUCCUUUUAACACAAAGGUAUGUGCACAGCAAAUGACUGACAAUUGUACUUUUCCAAUAUGUGAAUAUGAUACAAUGUAGUAAGUACACAUAAUGUUUAGUCCAAGUUAUUGGUCAGAUAUGACAAAAGGUAAUUAAUUGUUUUAUUACCAUAAGGAAGGAGCACAGUUUGGAAAACAUAAACCGUUGUUCAAGUGUGCAUUUUAUCAACCAUACAGAGGUCCUCCAGGAGCUUUGAGAAGGUACAGCAUGCACAGCAUUAUAUCACAGCACUUUUAUAAUGCAUAAGAUUCUCAUAGACUCUGACAUGGCUUUCCUUCUCUCUGAGUGCAUGGGUUUUAUGUAUGCAUGGGUUUUAUGUGUGUAUAAUAUAUACAUGAUGUGAAUGUAUGUCAUUAUAUUAUGUUUCUGUAAACACAAAAUGUGUUCAUCCGUUAUGCAGUUAAGAAACAUUCAAAUUAGUAGCUUCAGGGUCAGAGGACUUGAGCUUUGGGAACCUACUCUAGUCUUAUGUAAAUGUAUGUAUGCCUAGACUACUGUUCUUCCAAUAUGUAAAAUUAUAUUAGCAAUUUACUGAGUUAUGACAUAUGAUUUUGAUAGAUAGGUUUAUGUGUGUGGCGCAGUGGUCUAAGGCAUUGCAUCGCAGUGCUAGCUGUGCCACUAGAGAUCCUGGUUCGAAUCCAGGCUCUGUCGUAGCCGGCCGCGACCGGGAGAUCCAUGGGGCGGCGCACAAUUGGCCCAGCGUCGUCCAAGGCAGGGGAGGGAAUGGCCGGCAGGGAUGUAGCUCAGUUGGUAGAGCAUGGCGUUUGCAACACCAGGGUUGUGGGUUCGAUUCCCACGGGGGCCAGUAUGAAAAAUAAAUAAAAAAGAAUGUAUGCACUCACUAACUGUAAGUCGCUCUGGAUAAGAGCGUCUGCUAAACGACUAAAAUGUAAUGUGUGAAACACAUUGAUUCCAUUUGUUCGUAAUUCCAUGUACUUUUAUUCUUAGGGAUUUCGCUAGGGAUAUUGUUUGUCUUUUUCAUUUGAUUUGUACAGUCUCUUUAUGGGUAUGAUUCUUGUGUCACCGUGUUACGCCUCCACCCCAAUUCAGAGGGCAGAAGAAGCCACCAUUCCAGCCCAAACAGAGACAGGGCAGUGCAAAGCCAUUUGUCCUAAACAGAGGGGUAUUUUGUUAUUUUCACAUUUAUAACACUUAUACACAACCUAUAGUAGGCCAUGCAAUGCUGUUCAGAGGAAUGAAUGUAUCACUGCACUUAUAGUAAGAGCCAUGCAAACAGAGGUCAUGUUCAGCAUGAGUAAAACAAGGCAUAUUACUGAGUACUGUUCAAUGAAUACUGUUUUUUUAAUGGUUUGCAAUAGAUGAUCUUAGUACAGUGUCUAAUACCUACUAAUUAAUCUGAACGAAUACACAGCAUGAUAAGAAAAUAAACCCUUACAUGUACAUUUUUCAUCUUUCCCCUCCUUCUAGUUUCCUGCAGCAAAUAGAAAAAUUGAUAAGUACCAAAAGGUUAGAAGGUGAGAUAAGAUUACUGUGGUUGCUUGUGACAAAUAAACAAAAUUAUAUUGGUAGUAUUGCUCAUCAUUAUAUGCUCUAACAUGACCUGAUAUAGCUGGAAAAAGGCGCCCUCCGGUGUUUCUACCUUGACGGUGUCACUUCCCAACUCCAAAGCCAACUCGGAGCAGGCGUGAGUUGCACAUACAGUAGUACACACUGCAGCCCUGUUUUACUGAAAGGCUUUUGUGGGUUCUGUACAAAAUAAAAGUUUUAUUUCUAAUUAUGUGCAUUCAGAUAGGCUACAAAAGCUCAUCCUUAUCUGUCCUGUGUCUUUACCUGAUCUCUCUCAGGGCCAAGGCAAAGCAGGCCACAGUGAUGGACCGAUCCAGUCCAUCAGGGACAGGGGGUGGGACGUCCCCCCAGCCCAAAGGCAUCCCUCUCAGAUUUAACUUCAAGGCCACUAUAAAUCAGGUGAUAUGCCAUUACCAGUGUUUAGAACGUUUCGAUGUCUUUAGCAUAGAGAUCCUGUGAAAUUCUGAUUCUAAUUCCUAAUUCUAUGGUCGUUCCACCAGCUACCUUCUCUUUAUAAAUAAUGAUGUCACCGUGACUGUUUCCUGGUUUUCAGACGGGAGUGACCCUCAAUGACCGCUUCACUGGUAUGAGAAUCUGGGCAGGCCCAGGACAGGGUCCACAGAGAGGCAGUGGCAGGGGAAGAGGCAGAGGCCGGACUGUCAUACUACAGUGA